AUGCAGGUGCGACGUGUAUUGUAUUUUCUGGCUCUAAUUAUGAGUGUUGCCUCUGUUUGCGUGGCGGCUGCUGAAGCUGAAAACUCCGUAAGUUCUUCUUCUGCAUCUUCUAACUCUGGUGAUGGUGAUUGUCCUCCUCCUGAUGAAGAAUAUGCUAGAAAUACUCUUAAUGCUCCUCUUAAUAAUCCUCAAUACUGUGCUAAUCAGCGUCCUUCUAACGCUUCUCCUGCUGGUGGUGGUAAUGAUGGCUCUGCUCAUCCUCCUAUUGCUGAACCUCCUUCAUCUAUUGCUGCUGGUGCUGCUGGGGAAGGGAGUAACGGUUCGUCUCCAUCUGGAGGUCAAACUGGAGCCAACGUCAACACUCCAGCAGGUGAAGGUGCAGUCAACGCGGAGAGUACAGCAACAGCACAACCCACUUCUCCUUCUCCCGAAUCUUCAGACACAGAGACUGCCAAUGGUUCUGGUACUGCAAACAAUGGGGGUGGCAGUACACCUGCAGCGAGUGAACCAUCCAAUAACCCAAGUGAUGAGGAAUCAACAACUACUACUACGACCACCAAUACUACCAAUAUAAUUCCUACUGUCCCUGAAAUCAGCAAUAACACCAUAAUGCCAAAUGUGAAGGGUGAUGCAGACAGCAGCAGCAGUAUCAGCAGUUCUGUGUGGGUGCGUGUACCACUACUGAUUGUGGUUACACUGGCCUGUAUUCUUGUGUGCUGA